AUGGGCGAAGUCAAGCCUCUACUUUCCAUACUGUCUUACGUGGCGCACGGAUAUGUGGGGAACCGCGCAAUGGUUUUUCCACUUCAGUAUCAUGGUUGGGACGUAGAUACUGUCAAUACCACGCAUUACUCGAAUCACCCGGGCUAUGGCAUGUUCAAGGGACAGAAAAGCAGCCCGGAACUAGUGGAGAGUAUUUUUCAAGGACUUGGGAACAUAUUGGACAUUUCUUCCUACUACAAAGUCAUAGUGGUUGGUUAUUGUCCUAGCGCUGCGGUCAUGAACACAAUCUAUAAGGAUUUGGAGCCUAUAGUCCAAAAGGCGUCACCUAAGAGGCCUAUAUUGGUUGUAGACCCUGUGCUUGGGGAUAAUGGCAGACUAUAUGUGCCAGAAGAGCUUGUUCUUGCCCAUAAAGACUUUCUAACCAAGGGUUUGGUUGAUCUUACAACGCCCAAUCAGUUUGAGCUUGAGCUUUUAACGGGGACCCAUGUUUCCGAUUUCACCUCCGCAAGGAAAGCAUUGUUGCAUUUCUAUGACAUGUACAAAGUCCCCAACGUUGUUCUCACAUCGGUUCCUAUCGACGGCAAGAUGUACUGUGUGGGCUUUUCUCUGGCAUCUCAAACUGUUUUCGCCUUGGAGUUUGAGCAAAUCAAUUGUAGCUUCAGUGGCUGCGGGGAUCUAUUCACGGCAUUAUUGACCAAUGCAUUUCACGAAAGUGGCUGUGUCUUGAAUCCGAUCGUGUUAGGAUCUGUAUUAUAUAAGCUUCACAAGGUCUUGCAGAACAGUUUCGAAGACGAAUGGCAAAAAACUGGCCAACCGCCAUCAAUGGUGAAAGACAUACGGAUUGUAUCCCUGCGCAAAGUUCUAGAUGAGGCUGGAGGUCACAGUUGGCCAGUCAAAUACAUUUUAGAGUAG